AUGAGUGAAAAUGGAAUGGACACAAAGGAAUGUGAGAGCUUACUGCUGGAUAGGGACCGGCAGCUUCAUCCAUGUAACCCCGAAGGGAUAGUUGCUGACAUCGUCUCAUGCAAAACACGUGCAGAGAUUGGACAACUACUCACCUCGGGUGACAAAAUAGCCCCCCUGAUUGUUGAGGCGGCGCAACAAUUCCCACAGUUACCACCACUACAGCCACCUAACGUGCACCAUGGCUUACUAACAUUCCCCCAUUCACACCCUCGUCCAAUUGACAGUUUUCAAGGAAUUCAGACUCCAUUGCACUGGUCCCAUUCAUGGCCUCAGUCUCAUCCAAGUUGCGUUCGUCAUGAAUUUCAGGCCCCAUUCCUCUUUCCCCAUCUGCGGCCUCAGUUUCACUCAAGUGGCACUUUUUAUGGAUUUCAUGCUCCAUUCCCCUUGCCCCAUCCACAGCCUCGGUUUGGCUUCUGUGGCAAAUCUCAUGAGUUUCAUGUGCCAUUACCACUCAAUGUUCAAACUGGACCAUUGCACUUUGGGCUGCCUCAGUUACAUCCAAGCCUCAGUUUUCAUGAAAUUCAUGCUCCGUUCACCCCCAUUGGUCCCACUGGCGCUUUUCAAAGCCCAUCUCCUGAAUUCACUGGCUCUAGGGAACUCAUGUUGGAGAAGGAGAUAAGAGAACUCCUGUUUUUGCUGCAACCACCAAGUCUCCAGGUUGAGUCUCUUGCAAAUAUGUACAUGGACAGGUAUGGAAAGCCUCUGCGAAAUGAGGGACUCCUCAUAGAUGGCCAACAGCAAGGAAAGGCUCGUUGCAGCCUAACAGAUGUGCUCAUGCGACUUAACACCACCAGAGUGAUCGAAAGACAGGGACAUCAGUAUAUUGUCCCAGUGGAAGAUGCUCCUAUGUACUUGGCACAUGGUUUCAAAUUGGGGAUGCCUCCUGCUAGCAGCAAUUCUAAUCAGAUUUUGUUGUUUUCAUGCCUGGAACGAAGCAAAUUCACUGAAGAAGAUGUUCACAGCUACUUCAGUCAAUAUGGUACUGUCAAUGACGUGCGAAUUCCACCUCAAGGAAGGCGCAAGUAUGGUUUUGUGAGCUUCCAGGACCCUGGAACAGCAAAACAGAACUUAUCAGAAAGGAUCCCUCAUUUCAUCUGUGGAGAUCCAGUUCUUGUCGAAGAGUACAAGAAAAAACAUGAAUUAGAACAGGAACAUCCUCCUAAGUACUUGGCUCAUGGUUCCAAACUGGGGGUGCCUCCUGCUAGAAGGGAUUCUAACCAGAUUUAUGUUGUUUCCGUGCGUGAAAGCAAAUUCACUGAAGAUGAUGUUCAGAACUACUUCAGUCAGUAUGGUACUAUCAGUAAUGUGCUAAUUCCACCUCAAGGAAAACACAUGUAUGGUUUUGUGAGCUUCCAGGACCCUGGAACGGCAGAACGGAUCUUAUCAGAAAGGACCCCUCAUUUCAUCUGUGGACAUCAAGUUUGUGUCAAAACGUACAAGGAUAAAGAUGAACUAGAACGAGAACAGCAUCAUGGUUUUGAAUUGGUGUUACCUUCUGCAGGAAAUGGUUCUAACCAGAUUUUUAUUACCUUCGAUCCUGAAAGCUCAUUCACCAAAAAUGGUGCUUGGAAAUACUUCAGCCACUAUGGUCCUGUGAAUGAUGUGCGAAAGAAAUGCAUGUUCGGUUAUGUGAGCUUCAAGAUGUUGGCUCGGGAAGUUGCCGAUUUUGUCCUUGAACCACAUGAGGUGUCAGAUGUUGAUGUUAUUCAUGAGCAUCAUACAGGAAAACAAUUAUUGAGUAACCAUGAUUUUUAUGGGGAGAAUCUGAAUAAAGGUCGUGAUCAAGGAAUUGUUACUGAAAAGAGCAGUAUUAAUGUUGCACCAGUCAUGGCUUCACCACCAACACGAAACCUGUCUGUUCAUUCUGUUAGUGAAGCAAGUCCUUCACAAGGUGACAAUACUGUUGAAUCAUCACAUGUGUUAAAUCAUUUGGAUGAUGCAUCAGCAGAUCUAGACAGAAUUGGCAUGAGCUCUGCUAUGUCAUAUAAGGAGAAGAGCAAGCAAACGUUUUACAAGUCUUAUUACAUUGAAAAGCCAGACAACACUAACACUGAAAACAUACAACAGGAUGAUGGAGAUACCAUCAGGGAACUACUGGACGUCCGCGAGCCGGUGUCAUUAGCCCCAACUCUUCCUUGA